AUGUUGUUGUUGGGUUUAAUGGGGAAAAGGCGCAUUCUACUGCGCUACGUUGUUCCUUUCCAAACCUUCAUUCUAAUUCAUCUCCGCCGCACACUCUCACCCGAACACUCCCCCGCGUGCCGCCCAUCCUCCGCUCUAUGCCGCCGGCCGCACCUUACCUGCACGCGGCAACAAGGACGGAUGGGCAGCACUUACACUGCCCAUCGACGCCCUCGGGCCGCGGUACUCGUCCUGCGCGCGUCCGUAUGGCCGGGGCUCUCAACGCCGGUGUGUCCGUUCCGCGUGGGCGGUGGAGCCGUGCCCGCUGCGGUGACCGUACGCACUUAUCUAAAUGGGACCUCUCCAAUUCUAUCUAUUUCGUGUUACUCACGCUGCCCCACGACCCCUCCCUGCGAACGCACCUCGGCGUCCCUGCGCGGUUCGUCACGGCGGUGA